GGAGGGACUCGUCUAAGGAGGACCCAACAUAGUCAUCUUUUUCCAGUUAUCUUCUGGUUGAUUUUCAUCUUUAAACCUCUUCCUGGCAAGAGCGGCCCGUCUCCUUGCACACAAUGGCAGAGAAGACCGAACUUGAGGUUCCGAAACCUGGAGGCAGAUCUGCGACUUCGCUUCCGCCCGAGCCGAUCGAGAUCAUCCGGACCAAGGCCCGGUCCAGGAGGGUCCGUCUCAACGUCGGGGGCCUCAACCAUGAGGUCUUAUGGCGGACCUUGGACCGGCUUCCCAGAACCAGAUUAGGCAAGCUCAGAGACUGUAACACCCACGAGUCUCUAAUGGAGGUCUGCGAUGACUACUGCCUGAAUGAGAAUGAGUACUUCUUUGACAGACACCCUGGCGCGUUCACGUCCAUCUUGAAUUUUUACAGAACUGGAAAGCUGCACAUGAUGGAGGAAAUGUGCGCUCUGUCUUUUGGACAAGAGCUUGAUUUCUGGGGCAUCGACGAAAUCUACCUGGAGUCGUGCUGCCAGGCUCGCUACCAUCAGAAGAAAGAGCAGAUGAACGAGGAGCUGAGGAGAGAGGCAGAGACUCUGAGAGAGAGGGAAGGAGAAGGGGAAUUUGAUAACACCUGCUGCCCAGACAAGAGGAAGAAACUUUGGGAUCUUUUGGAGAAGCCAAGUUCAUCAGUUGCUGCUAAGAUAUUGGCCAUCAUAUCCAUUCUGUUCAUCGUUCUUUCAACUGUUGCACUUUCCCUGAACACCUUGCCUGAACUCCAAGUGACAGACGAAUUUGGCCAAGCCAAUGACAAUCCUCAACUCGCUCACGUUGAAGCCGUGUGUAUUGCAUGGUUUACAAUGGAGUAUCUCCUGCGCUUCCUGUCAUCACCAAACAAGUGGAAAUUCUUCAAAGGGCCACUAAAUGUCAUUGACUUAUUAGCUAUAUUACCCUACUACGUCACUAUUUUUCUGACUGAGUCGAACAAAAGUGUGCUGCAGUUCCAGAACGUGAGGAGGGUGGUACAGAUAUUCCGCAUCAUGAGAAUAUUGAGGAUUCUGAAGUUGGCAAGACAUUCAACAGGACUGCAGUCUCUUGGAUUCACCCUCAGGCGCAGCUACAAUGAGCUCGGUUUACUCAUAUUGUUCUUAGCCAUGGGAAUCAUGAUAUUCUCAAGUUUGGUCUUCUUUGCAGAGAAAGAUGAGGAUGCAACCAAAUUUACCAGCAUCCCAGCUUCGUUUUGGUGGGCUACAAUCACCAUGACUACAGUGGGCUAUGGAGAUAUUUACCCACAGACUCUGCUUGGCAAAAUAGUCGGAGGACUUUGCUGCAUUGCUGGUGUGCUGGUCAUUGCCUUACCCAUCCCUAUUAUUGUAAAUAACUUCUCCGAGUUCUACAAGGAGCAGAAACGACAGGAAAAAGCCAUCAAGAGAAGAGAGGCCUUAGAACGAGCCAAGAGAAACGGCAGCAUUGUCUCAAUGAACCUGAAAGAUGCCUUCGCACGAAGUAUGGAGCUAAUGGAUGUCGCCGUGGACAAAAGUGAGGUUAAACAGCCAAUGGACAACCACCUUUCUCCGAGCCGGUGGGGUGUUCCACAGCGCACAUCCUCGGAUACCAGCCUCAGAUCCUUUGACAAGAAGUUUCCUGAGAGUGGCCCAAACGGCUCACGGGAAUAUGUCAGAACGCCAAGUCCACAGCAUCUGAACGCUCAGAAACUGGAGGAAAUGUAUAACCAGAUGACAAGGACACAGUCCUUCUCAGAUCUCAACACAACCAACAGCACACAACCUGCAGCUGUGUCAAACCACAAGGUAGAGUUGGAGAUGAAGGAAGUCCCGACGGCCACCGAACGGCAACCAAAGGAAAGAGCAGUCACCGAUGUCAGGAGCAUAUCAAGCGUUGACAGCUUUGCAAGCUGCACCGCUGAAUUUGGACAGGGUGAGAAGGCAUCCACCCCUUCUUAUACUGCGGAGCAGGUUCAGCAAAGGCAACUGGAUGUACCUCCGCACCUUCACCUCGGCCAGCUGACACCCUCUGACAUGAGUCCGGAGGAGAACUCUGAGACUCUAAACCAAGACAUUGACAAGCGACCAGAUGGUGAGAACUUCAACGAGAUCAUAGAAAGCAUCAGAAGCUCCAUUCGAGGAACAAAUCCAAUAAAGACAAAGGGCCUCAAAGUCAACUUCAUAGAAACGCCAGAAGACGCUCCUCUGACACCGCCCAACACAUCUUCUCCACAGGAUAUCAACAACAGUCUUCUGGAAGAUGACUCCCCGGAGGGAGAGUGCUCUCCACUCUGUUCGGAUUCGGAAAUGCUGGGUAGUAUCCCAGUGAAAGGCUUGGUUCUUUCUCCAAAGAUGCUAGCUGGUGGAUAUCCCGGGGAGACGGCGCUGCUUCUGGGGAACCUGGAGGAACAGGAACAGAACCAAAUGGAAGUGGUUUCCGCAGCCAUCUCCUCACCCAAAAUAGCAGCACAGAACUGCACUCAAGUGGUAGUCGGUGGUAAUGGAGCGGAAAAGCCAGACUCUAACCAAAGUGAACACAAGGUAGAGAACCACAUGUUUACGCCAGAGAUCCAUCUAAUGCCGGGGGAUGGCAAUCACUCGCCAUCUUGCGAAACCGGUAUGUGACUGUGACUUGAUAUUCAUACAGAGUGGAGCGCACUGGUGGAGAAAAGGGCACGCAGAUGUGGUCUGAAAGAUAAUUUUGCAUGGCAUGAAAAGUCCCUUGUAAUUGUCAUUGUCAAUAACGCAAAUGAGACUGCAGUUUCUUGCAGACAAGACCUGGAGGAUGCGGGUGCAAACGAGAGGCUUGUUUAGAAUGUAUUUACCAACAAUGAGGACAUUGUUGACCUACCUGUACAUUUUACCUUUUCACUUGUUUUAUUAUUUUAUAGAGACAGUCGGAACCGUAGGGGGCCAGAUUUACAAGAGCAUGCAUAUUAACAAAGCUGUUUUACGGUGCUUAGUUUUAAGUGCUUAGUUUAG